AUGGCUUUCGAUCGAACAUCAGUAGCCUUUAUAGGGCUUGGCGUCAUGGGCUACCCUAUGGCUGUUAAUCUUCGCAAAAAGAUGAGCUCUGAAGUGACAUUGUAUAUUUGCGAUGUCUCUGAGGCAGCCGUAUCCCGAUUCCAGGCGGAAAUGAGUGGCGAAGGUCCAAUAAGAGUGGUACAGAGUGGCUUUGAGGCAGUAAAUGCUGCAGGUAUCGUACUCUCCAUGCUUCCUGGUGGCUCUGCUGUCAGAUCGGUCUACUGUGAUCCCCAAACAGGCAUCUUAGCUGGGGCCAAGGUUGCAUUUCAGAAGUCGCAGGCUCCUAAGCUACUUAUGGAAUGUGGGACGAUUGAGAGCGAUGUUAUAGCAGACGUCGCAAAGUCUGUUGGAGAUACAGCUCAUGAGUUGGGAGAUGAUAACUACCUUAGUUUUGUUGAUGCCCCAGUGUCUGGCGGCCCUAUGGGUGCCGAGGCUGGUACCUUGACUUUCAUGGUUGGGACAAAUCGACCGGAUCAUACUUUUGAUACAGUAAAAGAUAUUCUAAAAGUGAUGGGAUCGCCAGGCGGUAUUUUCUUGUGCGGCGAUAUCGGCGCCGGAACAGCAUUCAAGGUCAUCAACAACUAUCUGUCAGCUAUUACUAGUCUGGCGGCUUCGGAGGCUUUGAACAUUGGAUCAAAACUCGGCUUGAACAUUGCUACUUUGACCGAUGUCAUCAAUGCUAGUGGAGGACAGUGUUGGGUUACCUCGAAAAGCAACCCGGUUCCUGGCAUACAGCCUAAUACGCCAGCUAGCAGGGACUACGAAGGAGGUUUUCGCAUCGAACUUUGUAGAAAGGUACUUAAAAUGGGAAGUGAUUUGGCUGCCUCUGUAGGUGCACGCACAGUUCUCGAUCAAUCAACGCUCAAGGCCUUCGAUGAGUGCAUGAGUGAUCCUCGCUAUAGUGGGAAAGACGCUCGCGUGGUCUACAAGUGGCUCAAUGAAAGUGUCACUCCAUAA